AUUCAGAAGAUCACUCAUCAGAUAAAACGAGACGAGCACCAUCCGGUCGCCGGCUGUCAUUAAGGCCCGAUGGUGAAGAGGAAGGCUUCAUCGUCGCCAAGCGAACCAGAGGUCCAAGGGACACCAAAACGAGUACAUGUCGAAGAUUGGCCUGCCCCAUUAAGGGCAAGGGAGCUUGCGGCAGACUUCAUAAAGCGAGUCGCUGCCUCGCCUCACCUCUGCCUGCUCGUUCCAGACAAGGACGCCGACGGGCUCUCGAGCGGCGUCAUUCUCUACCGGACGCUGAUCGGGCUUGGGAAAAGCGCUGAGAGCAUCGGUGUACAUCACAUAGGAGCCGGCCAGCGUCCUGGGUCGAGAUCACAGAGGCGUGUGUUCGAGAAGUCUGGUGCUCGAUGGAUUAUAGUGCUGGACCAAGGAAGCGCUCCGAGCCCUGCGUUGACGACGACGGCCGAGCGGGGGUGGAAUGCACCCGAGGACGAUGAGGAGGUAGUGCGGACCCUAGUUAUCGAUCAUCAUCAUGUAGAUGAUCUGGACCAAGCGGGUCCAAAGGGUUCUCUGCUCGUCAACGCAAGCAGGCACGAGCCCGUUGCAACGAGCUCCCUCUUGGCGUGGGUCAUCUGCAAGCCUCUACUGGCCGAAGUCAUUGGAGAAAAGGAAGCAGACGACCGGCUCAAAUAUCUCGCUAUAAUCGGGACAUGUGGGGAUCUGAGCACGUCCGUCAAGUGGGACCCUCCGUGGCCAGACUUGAGCCCCGAGCUCAAGCGAUGGGGAAAAUCCAAGAUUGGCGAAGCUGUCGCUCUUCUCAAUGCUCCGAGAAGAACGCCUCUGCACGACGCCCACGUCAGUUGGGAUGCCCUGAUGGCAAGCAAGACGCCGCCGGACCUCCUUUCGACAACGACAAACCCGGGCUUGCUCCGUCUGGCAGAGGCGCGAAGGCAGGUGAAAGACGAGACAGAACGAUGCACCCACACGCCUCCCAAAUUCUCAAAGGACUCCCGCGUGGCCCUCUUGACGAUCGAUUCGCCCUUUCAGGUGCAUCCUUCCAUCGCGACGCGCUGGGCUGGCACGCUGAGGGGCGCAAAACGCCUGCAGGUCGUCAUGUGUGCCAACCUGGGCUUCGGGACCGUCGUCACCCAUUCUGACGAGGACGAAGAGAAAGCCGCAAAGAUAAAAGAAGAAGGAGAGGACAAGACAAAUAUGGAGCGUUACGUGCACUUUUCGUGCCGGAUCGCAGGAAGCGCCAAGGGCCGUGGGGAAGAAGUCAACAUCAUCUCAAUACUGCGAGAGUACGCGGCGCUUGAUCCUACCUUCCUCAAAGACCUCGAAGCAACGGGCCACGAGGGCGGCUUUGCCAAUGGCCACGUUCAAGCGGCCGGCUCGAUUCUUCCGCGCUCAUUCUGGGACCGCUUCGUGAGCCUCAUGGAAAUCGGUAUCAAAGCAGAGGGCACGUCUUCCUCACCGAGCAAGGGCAAGAAGGUGGCCGUCCAGAGCAACAAGCUCACCGCCUACUUCUCUCAAGCGUAAAGUCCCUUACGAGCGAUUGUCUCCGGCCUCACCCAAACUGUACAACACGCCAUGAAAUGUAUCGAUAGUCUUCUAUGAGGUUGCAAGAUUUGUUGAAAGGGUUCCAAUUACUGGGGACAC